CCGGCCCCACUGUGCCGCCGCGCUCACGCCUGCGCAGUCGCGCCGCGGCGGUUGCUAGGGGAACAGAGGCCCUAGUGAUGGAACCGGAAUAAAUCGUCUUCAUGGUGGUGAAGGUCGCGCGAGCAGAAGAGGCCGCCCCCGCCUGCCACCACGGACGGAUUGGCUCCAGUUAGCACAAGAGGGCAGGAUGCCACACAAGAUUGGGUUUAUUGUUAUAAGUUCAUCUGGACACGAGGACGGCUUCAGUGCCAAGGAACUGAUGGUUCAUGCGCCAGCGGUCAACGGAUGGAGGUCGCCAAGACUCUGCCAGUAUCCCCAAGAAAUAGUCCUCCAGAUGGUGGAAAGGUGCAGAAUCCGAAAGCUGCAGCUCCUGGCUCACCAAUAUAUGAUCUCCAGCAAAAUUGAGUUCUACAUCAGCGAAAACCUGCCCGAUUAUUUUGCCCCCUAUAAAACGGAGCAAUUCCAGAGGCUGGGUUAUGUCUCCCUUUCUGAUAAUGAAAAGACCGGCUACAGGGCCCGGGAAUUAAAAUCGGUCUAUGUGGAUGCGGUUGGCCAAUAUCUAAAGUUGACUUUCCACAAAAGCUACGCCAACCGGUAUAACCUAUACAGCCAGGUUGCUCUCGUGGCAAUAAAUAUCAUUGGGGAACCUGCGGAUUUCAGCCAUGAGAACAGCCAGUCUUCCAGGGAGAAGCUGAUCGACCAUUACCUAGGCACCAAUUCGGAGGACUCGGCCCUCGAGGGGAGCUACCCUGGGAAGGCCGACGCCAUUUCUCCGCUGGACGAUCUGGCUUUUGACAUGUACCAGGAUCCGGAAGUGGCCCAGAUCAUCCGGAAGCUGGACGAGAAGAAGCACGAAGCGGUGCACAUGGAGCACUACGAUCACGCCAAGAAGCUCAAGCAGGCCAUCGCGGACCUCCAGAAGGUCGGGGAGCGGCUGGCGCGCUACGAGGUGGAGAAACGGUGCGCCGUCAAGAAGGAGGACUACGACUUGGCCAAGCAGAAGAAGCAGCAGAUGGAGGACUAUCGCCUGAAGGUCUACCAGCAGUUGGAGCUUCAUAACCUCCUGGACCCAGAGCUCGCCAUCCGGCGAAUACCUGACUUGCCGCUCGACCCCGUGGCUCAGCCCACCACGACCCUGCAGCAGAAGAAGCCCCUGCCGUCCCCCUGGCGGGAGAAAGCCGAGCCAGAGAGCCCUGCCUCUCCGCUGCACUCCGAGAAGCCCCCCGAAAUCCCCUCGCCUGAGCCGGGCCCCUCUCAGGUGGUCUCCCCCCCACCGGCCCAGGCAGCUCCCAUCGCUGCGGAGGGAUUCCCCAGGAUCAAUGUCGAGUUCUUGCCCUACGACGAGCGGCCCCUCCCGGCCAUCCGCAAGCAGCAGGAGGAAGGCCUUUCCUUGCCGGAGCCCGAGAUGAACGAGGAAGAUCCCGGAGACACGCCCAGGAGCGGGGUGGUUGGCGAUCCGGAGCCUCUGACCGAGAAGGCCCUGCGGGAAGCCAGCGCCGCCAUAGACGUCUUCGGGGAAACUCUGGUGGCCGGCGCCUAUUCCAAAACCUGGUCGUAUCGCGAGGACUCGUUGUUGGCCAUCUACAAGAAAAUGACCGAGGCUCCCACCAGCAUGCCAAAGGAAGAGCUCAAGAACAUGCUCCGGGGGGCCAUCUUUCUUGUCGUGAGGGCCAUCAAAGAUAUCGUCUCUUCGGUCUUCCAUGCCUCCCUGAAGCUCCUGAAAAUGAGCAUCACGCAGUACAUCCCCAAGCAUAAACUGGGAAAGCAGGAGACCGUCUUCUGCGUGGAGCGCAGCUUCCCCAACCUCCUCUCCCGCACGGGGGACUCCUCGGCCCGCCUUCGGACGGCCGCUGCCAACUUCAUCCAGGAGAUGGCCCUUUGCAGCGAAGUGAAGCCCCUGCAGAUCAUCCCUGCCCACCUGGUGCAGCCCCUGAGGUCCAACUGCCCCACGCACCUCGCCAUGAGCCAGAUGGAGCUGGUGGAGCGCUUGCUGAAGCACCUGGGCACCGAGAACUCCGGCUUCACCGUCGAUAACGUCAUGCGGUUUGCCACAGGGGCUCUGGAGCACCGCGUCGUCGAGGUGCGGGAAACGGCCCUGCGGAUCAUCCUGGACAUGUACCGGCAGCACCGAGAGAACGUCCUGGACUACCUGCCCCCCGACGACGCCAACACCCGCAAGAACGUCCUGUACAAGACCCUCUUUGACGGCUUCGCUAAAAUCGACGGGCGGCUCACCGAGGCCGAGCUCAAAGGCCAGAAGAAGCCGGCCGCGGAGGAAGCGGAGAAGGAGAAGAAGGACGAGAUGAAAGCCUUGGAAGGCCAACUGGCAGCCCUGAAGGAGAUGCAGGCAGAGGCCCAGGCCGACAAGGAAAAAGACAGCGAUUUCCAGAAACCAAAGAAUCGAGUGGAAACGUCCAAGAAGAAAGAGAAAGAAGUCCCAGCGGAUCCUCAGGAUGACCAUUCGUCCGUCACGAACUACCUGGACAACCUCUGCAUCUUUUGUGGGGAAAGGGACGAGACCUUCACCGAGGAAGGGCUGGACCUCCAUUACUGGAAGCACUGCCCCAUGCUGACCAGGUGCGACUUCUGCAAGCAGGUGGUGGAGAUCGCCAGCCUGACCGAGCACCUGCUGACGGAGUGCGAGCGGAAGGACAACUUUGCCAAGUGUUCUCGUUGUUGCGAGGCCCUGCCGAAGGACGAGCUGCCCCGGCACGCCAAGAGCAGAGCCUGCAACCCCGCCAAGCCUGAGAAAGUGGCCAAUCGCUGCCCGUUAUGCCAUGAGAAUUUUACGCCGGGCGAGGAGGCCUGGAAGGUGCACCUGAUGGGCAAAGACGGCUGCCGCAUGAACCCUAGGCACGCACAUUCCCUGAACAAGAGCCUUCCGACGCAGACCGCCACUGGUCGGGCUGGCGGGAGCGUCCUGAACCGGUCGGGGCCCCUGGGAGCGAAGCUGCGGUCGCCCACCGUGGGGAGCAAAAUCCCUGCCCCUCGAGGAGGCUUCAAUAAAAACGCUGGCAGAACGUAUGCGAAGCGAUGAGGCGGCUCCCUUCUUUACCUCCCAGGGCCCCCCGUUUCUCUCCUUUCGCUGCAGGACGCCUCGCGGUCCGGGUGGAGCAGCGGCGGUCCGAUGGGGAUGGGGGCGCACCCUGAUCCUCUGCCAUUCGCAACCCCCCCCCUUCCCCCUUUCAUUUACAAUCGCUGCAGUUUGCUCUCUGUGCAGAAUAACAAGAGUUGGAAGGGACCUUGGAGGUCUUCUAGCCCAGCCCCCUGCUCGAGCAGGAGACCCAGUCAAGUGUUGGCCCAAUCUCCUGUUGAAAUCUCCUCCAGUGAUGGAGCAGCCACAACCUCCGAAGGCAAGCACUUCCACUGAUUAAUUGUUCUCACUGUCUGGAAAUCCCUCCUCAUUUUGAGUUUGGAUCUCAGAAUGCAGAAUUAAGAGAGUAGGAGGGGACCUUGGAGGUCUUCUAGUCCAGCCCCCUGCUUAAGCAGGAGACCGUCUACCACUCGGGACAAACGGCUGUUCCAGUCUCUUCUUAAAAGCCUCCAGAGAUGGAGCUACCCACAACAUCUGUUCCACUGAAUAAUUGUCCU